GAUGACUACAAUGUUUUUUCGGUUGACUGGAAAGAUGGUGCAAGUAACGUAUUUUACGCCCCGUCAGCCGCCAACACUGAUACAGUCGGCGCUGAAAUCUAUCUAUUCCUUCAGUUUUUGAACUCCCAGGUUGGGCAUUCCCCCAACAAUAUCCACCUAAUUGGUUACAGUUUGGGGGCGCAGUGCGCUGGUGCUGCUGGCAAGAGAAACCCUGCUAUCGCUAGAAUUACAGGGCUGGACCCUGCCUCUCCGAGCUUUGAAUCAAAGGGUAAUAAUGACAAGUUAGAUGCCAGUGACGCCCAGUUUGUUGAUGUCAUACACACUGAUGGUGACACCUUUACCGGUGCUGGUGGCUACGGAUGCUGGGCACCGAAUGGCCAUGUAGAUUUUUACCCUAACGGCGGACAAGAUCAACCGGGCUGUAUUAAUGUGAACACGGCGGGUGAACAGAAAGGGAAUCUGAGUAUCAGAAAGGAGAUGGAUGCGAGCGGUAAUGCCGGCAUGGGUUGCGACCAUGGCCGAGCACCUGACUAUUGGGUGGAAUCUAUCGGCACUGCAUGCAAGUUCAACAGUUGUCCAUGUACGCUAGGAGACGUGUGUACAUGCAGUAGUGGUUACAAUCGUAUGGGGUUUCAUGCAUCCAAAUCACCCAGCGGUAUAUUCUACUUGGUAACAUCAAACACUAGUCCAUAUUGUCUCUAA